UGCCUGUUAAUGUUGCCAUGCCUAUUCGAACGUAAAGCAGUUUGUCCGACGUGCAAGUGACUAUCACUAGAUAGCUAGUUAGCUAGCAAAGGCCCGAACUGAAUAAUUUUAGCAGUAGACGAUGAAAUUGGGAAUAUACAACAAGACAGUCUGCUUAUAGUCCGUAUAAAAGUCGUUGUAACGAUGAUUAUAGACAAUGUUGACGCCUUGAAGUCGUGGCUUGCGAAACUCCUGGAACCAAUAUGUGAUGCUGACCCCUCUGCGUUAGCCAACUACGUGGUGGCUCUAGUGAAGAAAGACAAACCUGAGAAAGAGCUGAAAGCCCUCUGUGCUGAUCAACUGGAUGUGUUCCUUCAGCAAGAAACCUCCGGUUUUGUUGACAAACUCUUUGAAAGUUUAGUCACAAAAAAUUACAUUGUGAAGCCUCAGAUGAAAGAGCCUCCCAAAGAUGAGCCUAAACCAGUGGUGCAGAAGCCAGACGAGAAGGAGAAAAACAAGGAAGAGGAGGCAAAUCACGCAGAGGACGGAGGUGAAGUCAGGAGGCGGAGGAGCCCACUGAGGAACCGCCCAGAUUUUAAUGAGUCAAGGAGCCGAGAUGACCGUCGACGAGGCGUGGAUUGGAAGCGGCGAGACCUGGACCGCCACGGGAAGAGCGGUGAGUCGUACCGGGAGCGACACGAGAGGCGGCGGGGGAGCUCCCGUGGGCGCAGUCGGAGCAGGAGCCGCAGCAGAAGCCGGAGCACAAGCAGGAGUCGCAGCGGGAGCAGAGGACGCGCCAGAGAACACUGGUCCAAAUUUGAGCAGGAGAGGAAGGAGCAGGCCGCUUACAACGCCGCCAACGCCGCAGCCGCCGCCGCCGCCGCCGCUGCCGCCCCCAUGGGGAACCCCCCUCCUCCUCCACCCUUCAUGCUCUCCAUGAAUCCCCCUCCGCACCAGUUCUCCUCCUCUUCCUCAAGAGGCCCGCCGGUCCCCAGCUCCGUCGCUAUGGCAACGUCGGCUCGUCAGCCCGACAACACGACAGAGAGCUGGUCCAGUUUCUACCGGAGUCAAGACAAGAGCAAGUCGGUGGACGCCAGCCCCUCCAAGAAGCAGCGCUGCAGGGACUACGACGAGAAAGGCUUCUGCGUUUCUGGUGACCGCUGUCCAUUCGACCAUGGAAACGACCCUCUGAUUGUGGACGACAGCAUUCUGCCCACCAUGAUUCCGUUCCCGCCCCCUCCGCCGGGCAUGCCACCCCCCCGCAUGCCCAUGCCCCCCAUGACUGAGCCCCCACCCAGCAUCCGGAUGCCACCACCAUCACACAUACAGCCUCCCAUCCCAGGGAUCUUUCCCAUGCCUGAUUCGUACGACUCGGAGGCGUAUAACCCGGAGUCGCCGGGCCUCACCAGCCGACCACAGUACCGGCAGUUCAUCCCGCGGAUCCAGACUCAGAGACCUUAUCUCAUAGGACUGACCUCCAAUGAAGGCCAGGGUUCCCGAGGUACCGAAUCCGCAAACAUAGUGAUCAAGACGGAGCCCUCGGUGACGAGCGCGUCCACCAGCGAGUCCUGGUUUGGCUCCGACGCUGAGAGCAGGAAGAGGCCUGUGAGCUCCACAGAUGGCCCUCAUCCCAAGAAGCCCUGGAUGGACAAGUCAAACUUCAACUCGCAGCAUAAGCCCAACUUCCCCAAGAAAAAUCACUACGUUAACACCAAACUGGAGGUCCGCAAGAUCCCACGGGACCUCAACAAUAUCACUAAGUUAAAUGAGCACUUCAGCAAGUUUGGGACUAUUGUAAAUAUUCAGGUCAUGUUUGGGGGUGACCCGGAGGCCGCCCUGAUCCAGUACACUUCCAACGAGGAGGCCCGGUCAGCCAUCUCCAGCAUCGAAGCCGUGCUCAACAACCGCUUCAUCCGGGUGUACUGGCACCGCGAGCCCACCGGGGGGCAGCAGGAGCAGGGCCAAGGCAAUAGCCAGGGCACCAGUCUCGCUACGCAGCACACCACCACACACAAGCAGCACAACCCAGGGGCCUAUGUGCUGAAUAAGAACUUCCCCAAACCCCGGGCAGAGCUGCCUACUGUGACCCAGGGAGCAUCUGACCCGAAGGGUACUAGCCCAGAGCUGCCCACAGCUGCUAUGUCUGCAGGGGGAAGUCAUAUGAAAGGGCCAUACACACGCACCGUUCUCAAGCCGUCCUCAAAGUCCCUGGGGAAGACAGCCAAAGCCCUUCAAGCGCAGGAGGUCUUGAAGAAGAAGCAGGAAGCAAUGAAGUUGCAACAAGGGAUGCGAAAAAAGAAACAGGAGAUUCUGGAGAUGCAGAUUGAGUGCCAGAAGGUGCUGAUCGCGCGACUGGAGACGAACCGGACGAUGAAGCCGGAGGAGCGGGCCAACAUUAUUAAGACACUGAACGGCCUGUCCGAGAUGAUCUCAGCGCUACAGACGGAGAUCGUGGCCCUGCAGCGGCCCACAGCCGUGGUACCGGCAGCCAACAAAGACAACAACAACAGCAGCAGCAGCAGCAGCAACAACAACCAGUCAAAGAACAAAACUGACGCCCAGAAGGAGCUGCUAGACGCAGAGCUGGACAUCCACAUGAAACUAGGCUCCGGAGAGGACACGGCCACACUAAAGAGGAAGCUGGCAGAGCUGCAUGCCGAGGCGACGCGUAUGGGACUGAUCCCGGCUACAGCUACCGCUGUGGCUAUGGCUGCAGCUGCGGCGCGGCCAACAUUGACUCCUCCAACUCGUGGGCGCGGCGGGAGAGGCAGAGGCAGAGGUCGCGGAGGGGGCCGGGGAGGCGGCAACAACAUGUCGGUGGAUCACCGGCCGCGGGGCCUCAUCAUUCAUGGAGUCACGAAGGAGGAGAAGGAAGAACUGAGGCCACACUUCAUGAAAUUUGGUGAGGUGGAGGAUUUCCGCGAUCAGGAUGCCACCAGUGUUGUCAUGACCUUCAGGUCGCGGAUCGAGGCGGAGAAUGCUGCCAAUCAAGGAGCCAAGUUUAAGGGCAGGUUUCUGGAGAUCUCCUGGUACGCACCCAAACUGCCGUCCGUUUCCUCUGAGCCGUCAGAGGAGGAUCCGAAGGAGGAGGCCAAAACAGAACAUGUUAGCUCCUCCCUGCUCGCUGAAGAUGAAGAGGAGGAGGAGGAUGAUGAGGAUGAGGACGAAGAUGGGGAAAGCCGCUCAUGGAGAAGAUGGAAUAAAUAAAUUUAUGUGGCUUUUUAUCUUUAAUUUUAUUUUCAGAGGGGGGGAGGGGAUAGGAUACUAACUUUGAAAACAAAGCUGUCAGGUCAUACUCUUAUAUCUAAACAAGUAUUCAUUGACUAAAGGAAAAACAUCUUUUGUUGAGGGUAGAGGUGUCUUACUUGAAGAUUACCCACUGCAAGAGCAACCACACCAUUUUGAUAUCUGCGUAAUUAGUCCCUCGUGUCUGUGCAGACAGACCAGUUUGAAACAUUAGGAACACAAACUGCUCUAGGCUUCACGUUGAGUACAGUGCAGUGCUAUGUCACAAGAUUUGUGACUCAAAAUUGAUUUUUCUUUCUUCUUCCUUACAUUUCUUCAGUGUUUGCACCUGCUCCAAACUAUCUUAACGUUUUAGUGAGCUAGCAGGUGAGCACUUCCUCUGACAACAUACUGAUUAGCAUUGAAGGCAAAACUUAAAUGUGGCAUUGAAAAUCAAGUCAGAUGAGUCUAGAUUACUACUCAAACUAUAUGCUUGAAUACCCACCUCCCCUAUUAUCAUUGCAGUUACCCCCUAAUGCUUGUUGUGCCACUCUAUGUAAAUACAGUAUCCAUGGUAACUGAGGCACAGCUAGCUGUGCUGUAAAGUGUUGAAAGGAAUCCCUAACUUGCAUUCUGUCGUCCCAUACCAAAGAAAUCUUUGGAACAGGAUGGGUAGAAGACAUUGUUUUCAAUUGUUGACUUGUGUAUAGUGCUGUUAUGAAUGUAUGGUUUUGGUUUUACAUUAUUUCGCCUUACAUGAUCAGCUGACUGCUGGAUUUGUACAAGAUUCAUGCCUCUUUUUUGUUGAGCUUUUGUGUAAAUUUUGUACAUGUUGUGAUUUGGAAUGACUGUUCAUACCUUUUUAUUACAUGGUAGCCAUUUCAAUGUAGAAGUUGUUGGGGACUAAAUGGUUUCCUAUUGGUUUUUUUUUUUUGUGUGAUUUUAAUUUUUUUUAAGUUUGAGGAAAAGUAUACUGUCCCUUUCUAAAUUUCUUAUUUAUAGCAGCUUAUUUAAAACUCCACCAUCCUAUCAGUAACGGUUAUAUCCAUGCAUUUCCAAAUAAUAAUUUACCCCCCUAUUAAUGCCUGUCUGUGAUGGAGACAUAUGUUUUUGUUAUGGCUCUAGGUUUUUCUGCCUCCCAUGGUUCUCAUUCCCUUAUUUUGAAAUACCCUUGGUAUAGAGGGCUAUCCAUUAUGCCCAGUGUGAAUGUGCAAGCCUGAUGAAAUAUCUAUAUUUUUGUUAUUAGUACUUACAUAUUGUAUUUAACAAUGUAACAAGAUAAUGAUGAUAUAUGGUUAGGUCAUAUCAUUCACCAGCCCUUUCCUGUAUCUCCCUCGAUUUCAUAGGAGUGAGAUUUAUCUGUAAUUAGGAUGGCCUGCUUUUUGUACCCUUUUAUGUCAUUGUACAUGACUUCAGGAUGGAAAAAUUACAUUUUUUUCUGAGAAAUUUGUGAACUCAGAAAAAAAUUAUAUGUUGCUAUGAUAUUAAUAGCAGGACUAUUUCAGUGGGAAAAGAUUCAAAAAUAUUGAUCUGAUAUUCUUUAUUUUUGAAACAUUGUGCUAUACCAUGAUUUGGUGGCACGGUGCAUAAAACAUUUAGUGAGAAGGUUUGAAAUAUUACUGUUUAUAUAUUGCAGAAUAUGUGGAUGUAUUUUAAGUUUUGUUUGUAAAUGAUUUUUUAAUUUGCAUGUUUGGUUACCAAUAAAGAAGAAGGAAUGGUUUUAUUAUGAAGAAUACAACAAACACAGAAGAAAGAAAAACCAAUUGGGCCUAAAGAAAUUAUCAAAAAAAAAAAAAAGAAUCUCAACAUCUUAACAAGAAAAAAAUCAAAAAAACUUACACCAUUCCAGUAAUGAUACCUGAA